UUUAAAUAGGCGCCUGCCCUUAGCAACCAGAGUAGCCUACAUGUUUUCUGAGACAGUACCAGUGUAAGUUUCAGUGAACAUAUCCUAUUACAAGGAUGACAUCCUCCUGUGGUGUAAGUCUGCAAAACCUCCAAAGAGAGAGGACAGAAGGGAUCAACAGUGCUCCCAUCUCAGGCUAAAGCCACCGGGUAAGAUCAUGACGUCUAAAACUGAUAAUCCUCCACCCUACGAGGAUGCACUGCACCAUCCUAAGUAUGAAAACUACCCCCACCAGCCACAACAUGGCUUCCCUCUUCCACCACCUCCAUCUUACAGCCCCAGUCCGGGCAUGUGCGCCGGCCCGCCUGGCUACUGGGGCCAUGAGAGUGUCUACCCGCAAGCUGGGAUGUGGGCAGCCCCUGGCUUCUCUCCAUCUGGGAUGCCCACCACAAUACCCACUUUGUCUGCUGGAGUGCCUGCAUCCAACCAAGGAGUCAUGGAAGACUUUUUGAGCACCCAGUGGGAAAGCACAUCUGUUCGGCAUGCCUUCAUUCGAAAGGUUUACUUAAUUUUAACAGCACAGCUUGCCGUCACCUUUUCAGUUGUUGCUGUCUUUACAUUUGUUGAACCAGUGAGGCUGUUUGUCAUCAGAUACCCUGGCAUCUACUGGGCAUCUUUUGUGGUUUAUUUUGUGGUUUACUGCAUUCUUGUCUGCUGCAAAGAGCCGAGGAGGCGUUUCCCAUGGAAUCUUGUGCUGCUAGGAGUAUUUACUGUCGCCUUGUCUUACAUGUCUGGAACAAUUUCGAGCUAUUAUGAAACAAAAGCAGUGUUGCUCGCCAUGGGAAUAACAGCAUUAGUUUGUAUAGCUGUCACAAUCUUCUGCUUCCAAACCAAGGUGGACUUCACCUCCUGCGGGGGACUUCUCUGCAUUGCUUCCGUUGUGCUCAUGAUCAUUGGAAUUGUUACGGCCAUCGUCCUCUCCUUCCACUAUAUCCCUUGGCUGCAUAUGCUCUACGCUGCAAUUGGAGCCAUCGUUUACACUCUGUUUUUAGUAUACAACACCCAGCUUCUUAUUGGAAAUAGGGAGUUGGCCAUCAGCCCAGAGGAGUACAUCUACGGAGCUCUCUCUCUCUACAUUGACAUUGUUCACAUCUUCCUCUUCAUCCUUCAAGUCAGUGGAGCUGCUACGGAUUAAGUCCAGACCACAUCUUGUUCUCUGAAAAUUCAGAUAUUCCAAACUAUUCAUUUAACUAUAUAUAUAUGUUUUUAAGUUGGUAACACUUGAGCACUUUGAUUUCUUCUUGCAAUGUAUGAAGCAGGGCAGUGAAUUAAGUCUUUCACUUACCCAACUGUGAAUGAGGAGAGAAACUAAAGCAUAUUUACGGUUGUUUUUUUAAUAUUUUGUCUUGCCUUUUUGUUUCAGCAAGUGGUAUUUUAGUAGAUCAUGUAGCCAUGAGAGAUUACAUUGAGCCUAUACUGGCAGUGAUACAAAAUGUGCAUGUUUAAACAAUGCAUUAGUCUGUGAACGAUAACUUGUAUCAAACGUUAUCAGUAAUGAAUUUAGAAGCAGUACAAACACAAAUUACAUCAUUCAAACAAUGGGAAACAAGUAAGUGAUUGUUUUAGAAGUUUUUAUUAUUGUUUGUGUUUAGUCCUCUAAUGAUAUACAAACACCUGUAGUUACUGCUGGAGACCACAAUCAAUAGUCUUUAGUCUGUGCUGGUAGUAGGAGGGACUCAGAUCUGUAUUAAGAUAGUUUGUUUUUUAACAUCUCCGUAGAAAAGAACUUAAGACGAACACUGACUCUAUUAAAACAUGGAUUAGGUGCGGGCAGCUUUACAGGAACGUCCUUAAAUCCCUGGCCAACUCCCUUUUCCCUGUUAUGUAUGUUAUACACCAAUCAAUAAAGUAAACCCUACUGUUGCAAAA